CUAAAGUGAGCCCUAAUUUUUUUUAAGCAAAAUUAGGUAAAAAGCUAUUGUUGUGGUCGAAAAUUGGGGCUGCCAUUACAUUUUCUCAGCAAACAAGUGAAGAAAAAAAAAUCUAAAAAUAUAAUUAAUAAAUAAUUUAAUUUUAAAAAUAAACUAAUUUUUUUAUAAAUUAAAAAUUAAAAAUUAAAAAUAUGAAGCAUAUGUUUCCAAAACUAAUACAACAAUUUAUUUUAACAAGUGAGGAUACACAAGCUUUAGGCGCCAAAUGAAAUUGUAAGAAGGCACCAAAUGAAAUUUCUUUCUAAUCAUGGACUACCUCUCAGAAAUUCAAUACACCAAAAGUAUGAGAUUUAAAAGGGCAAAAUACUCUCUCCCUCUCUCUUCUUUCUUUCACUCUCUCGCUUGUCUCUGCCACUCACAGACGAGCCACCUUUGGCCUCCGACCAGAGGCACACGACCCACCAUGGGCUUCAGAGUUUGUUGAAACCUCUCUCCCUGUGACCCCGCCACCUGACGCGCCGGAGAUCGCCGCAGGAGGAGCUCGGAAGUCGCACCGCAGUUGUGGGUUUCGAAGCUUUUUCGGACCUCCACCGUCGUCCAAACUAGAUUCCAAGGGAGUGGUUGUGCUCCGGACACCGAGAGGAUGAAAAGCCACCAAAGAAUCUGGGUAAUUAUGAAAGCUCUUAAAUCUGAAGACGUCAAAUCGCAAGCUCGGGUUGGAACUUGUUGGUGAAAGCCUCAUCUUUUUUCUUUGUUUUGUUUGCAAAAAGGUGGUUUUGGUGGCAACAUUGGGCAUGAUCCACAUGUAAUGUAUACCCUAAGUGUUGUGCAAGUUUUAGCCCUCUUUGACAAGCUUGAUGUUCUAGACGUUGAGAAGAGAACAACUUGUUGACAUGCUUGGCAGCUGAGAAAAUAUGGGAAGAAGGAAUCAUUUUCAGACUCUACACAUGGGAUAUUGUAUCUUUCUAUUGGUGUGAUGUUCAUCCCUUUUCUCACCCCAUUUUUCUGGACUUAAAGGGGCAUUUUGAAGAUGUUGAAAAGCCACUGCCUUUACCCUCUAAAGCACCUUGAGAAAAAAAGGAGCUGGAUGAGAAUAAGAGCAAAAAGGGUCUGGCUGAAAUUUAUGAGGAUGCACCGUUUGUGUUCUUUUCCCAGGAGGGGAAAGAGGAAAGAAAGCACAAAAAAAAGCUUUGGAGCUUAUUUAAUCUUUGAACUGGAUGUGUUUCAGCAUAUAAGCCAAGUUCAUGAGAUUGUGGGACGCAUUAAUGGGAGAUUUGGAACUCUUACUGCUGUUCCCAUACACCAUCUGGACCAAUCUCUUGACUUUCACGCAUUGUGCGCUCUUUAUGCUGUUACUGAUGUUGCACUUGUUACUUCUCUUAGAGAUGGAAUGAAUCUUGUGAGUUAUGAGUUUGUUGCUUGCCAAGUGUACGCCCUGGUUUUUUCGAUUGUUAAAUUCAUUAGAAAAGCUUAA